ACUAUUUUAAUUACUGCAUUACAUUAUAAAUUAUUCCAGAAAUACAUACAACCGGAAGUACCAAAAUCCUUCGCCCCGAUACGCGUAAGUUUAUGUACAAAUUACAAGUUCAUAAUAAAAUUCGUAUAUAAAUUUCUUUUUUAACUUUCUAAUUUUAUAUGAACUAUAAUUUCGCCAAAAUUGUAUUAGUGUUAUUGGAAAUCGAAUAUACCAAUGGACGAUAACACCACAUACCGGCUUUCCUAUUGGGAAGGUCCGAGUACAAUUACGGAGCCUAUUCCUCCUCGAGAUUGUUUGGUCACCGGAGACUGCGAAAUGGCGCACGACACAACGUACAAGUCUAGUUACCUAGAUUACAAGUGCGUGGAACCUGUAACUAGUAUUAUACCAUGCGAGAAACAAUGGCUCGGUAGAGGUCCAAUGCAAGAUGUUACCACUCAAAAACACGAUUACACGUGGAAGAGCAUAAAAACGAGACAAGCUUAUAAAGCGUUGGAUAAUAUAUUUUGUCACCCGGCUCCAUUGCGCGAUGAUACAACGUAUAAGCUUAGCUACUACGAAACGUGUUGUCGUACGCCUGCUGAGUCUUUUGCGCCUAUUCGAAGGUACAUCAAGUCAGACAUUCCACUGGAGAACGAAACCAUCUACAAACUUAGUUAUUGGCCACAUGAUCCUACUGGAAUAAAAGAUGAGCCAUGGAGUAAAAAGCAAGAGUACACACCGCCUACCGAACCAUUAGAAGGAUGUACAACGUAUAAACUAAGUUACUAUCCGCACUCACAGGAAAAACCCUCUCUAAUUAUCCCUCCUCCAACCGAAAAUAUUUUAAAUGCCGGAUGCUGCAGUGAUAAAAACACAACUUAUCGUCUUAGUUACUUCGGAGCACAAGAUGGUAGACGAGAUCCGAUAGUACCAUCUGGGAAUAUUACUUUUUCUACUUGUCCACCUGCUUAUGAUACCAUUAACAAAAUGAGCUUCUUAGGUAACUGGAAUGUGAAACCAGAAGAACCAAUUACACCUUGCAGUAAGCAAAUGUUAGGCAGAGGGUUGAUGCAGGAUGUAACUACACAGAAACAUGAUUUCACGUGGAAACGAAUAGAAGUCGAACCUGGUGUUCGUCCUAGAGAUAAUUUAAUCCCUGCAUGUGCACCUGUGGAAUGUUGCACUACUCACAGAAUGUCCUAUAUACCAACCGACUGUAAAUCACCCGUAGAGUCGUAUGCGCCCAUACGUGUAUAUGCACCAUCAGACAUUCCAAUGGAUGCAGAAACUAUCAUGCGAUUAAGUUACCAGCCUGUAGGACCAUCGUAUCAAACAGAAAAGUCAUAUAGCAAAACCUGCGUUUAUCAGCCUCCUAAUACUCCCAUUGAUGACCAUACCACAUACAAUUUGAGUUACAUUCCACCUGGUAUGCUGGCUCCUUGUUGCAUGGAGAAACCGAAGCCAUGCAUAGCUGCAGCGCAGUGCUGUUCUUAAACCACACAAACGGCUACGAAGUCGCAGAAAAACAUCAAAAAGAAGGAUGGACAGUUUCGAAUCCACAAUAAAUAAAAUAUAUUCUUGUAGUUCUCUAAAUGAUAUUUAUUUCCGAUACAUUUUAGAGUCUGUGAACCGUCCGAGGGACAAUUCUGCAGCGAUUCAGUCGCUGAGGAUACAGUAAACGUUUAGUACAUUACCGUUCGUAUAAUAUCAAUAUUUAGACCUGCUUCUAUAUCGCCGAAGACCGCAUUUCAACCCUUUUUUUAUUCCUUUUUUCACGCAUCGUUUAAUCUCGGUUAAAAUGCCAGAGGUACAAGAAAUUUCGUCAUCGUCUAACGAUUAAGAAAAAUUUGAAUCUUCGUUCACGUAUCUACGCGCGUUUUCUUUUUUUCGCACCUAGCACAAGUCACUACGGAAUAGUAAUAAAUACUUAUCAUCUACUUAACGCUUUUUUUUUCUUUAAAUGCAUACAGUAUAUGUAGUAAGUUCAGAGGACAAGACGCGCGACCGCGGCCCCUGUUUCUCGCCGAGAAUCCUCCAUAUUGGUUUUCGCUAAUAAGGCGGUAACUUUUCAUCGAAUAUUUCUUACAUAGAAUCCUUGCUUUCUUUCUCGUUUUUUAUUCGUGUAUUUUUGGUCAACUUGUUAAUAAUUUUGUCAAAUUUACAAUUUAUACUCGGUGGACGCAACUAGUAUCUCUCAGAUACAAAUACGAACAAUUAAAAUACUGUUUCGUGGACCAAUAUUUCGUUUUAUCGAAUGAAUAUAUACUUUUCCUCAAUUUUACGUGAUUUAAUUUUCAUCUUGAAAUCUCAAGUUCAUCGAUUAAAAGUAUUAUACAGUGAAACUCAUUGCGUAACUGAUUCGAUCAGAUUUAAAUUAACAAUAGUUUGCAAGUAGUUCCAGUAACUGAAGGUAACUAAAGAUUCUAUUCUAUUCUGUCAUGUGCCAAUUCAAUCUUCCUCGGUGAAUAUUUAAACAAUUUAUCACAGAACAAAAUUUUAAGCAACCAUCGCAAUACAAAAUAUGCAAUAAAAAAGAAAUUUCCCAGAUGAGGGUUUUGAAAGACUGUAACGUGAACGGGAGAUUCAUUUUGCAGACUCGUUUCUGUAUCACGUUAUUUUUGGUAUUCAAAUAUUUCUGAACUCGAUACGAGCUCGUUAUAAACGAAUAUUCCUUACAAAAUUAUCACAAUAAAGUACCAUAUGUUGCAACGAAAUACAAGAGAAAGAUACAAUUGUGUUACAAUUUUUCGUUUAUUGUCAUUCUUUGAAUCUAUCUUUCAUCUUCAUACAUCGCAAAUGAAAAGACAUUAAGUAUUUUUUUGGCAGAUAGCUUUAAUCACUUUGCAACAUGAAAGUAAAAAACUUACACCCCAAUUCUUAUACAAUUCUCGUAUGUAUGGGGUGUGUGAAAAAUUUCCAAAUACUUCUUUGAAUAUACAUAUGCGAAUAUGUAUAUUGCAAUAAUCAAUAUGUAUAAUAUUAU